ACGCCCAGAUUGGCGCUGAACGAAAGCUAUUUUAAGCUUUUAGCUGAUUCCUUUCUUCAAAUUAAUUUAAAUAAGGGAGUUAUAUCUGAAUGAAAAUGGACUAAAAGGAGAUGAGUAAGCCCAAACGCCAGGUCAAAGUUCGUCAUGGUUAUGUGUUUGCUUGCAGACGAGAUACACCCGUAAAGAGGAGAGCGAGACAUAAAAGGCUUCUGAUUAGAAAAUACUUUGACACAUUACCAGAAGAGCCUGAGGAAGAAGAAAUAAACAAAUCCACUGUCAAACCAGUGAGUCAAAUGAGGUUUGGCGCUCCUGUGCCAUGCUUAAGGCGCUCUGGGUUGACCAGAAACAGAGGAACUCAGUCUGCUUCAUCUGGGAAAUCAGUUGUUAAAGAAUCUGUGCACCAAAACUUCUCAGGAGAAGCUCCCCCAGCAGUUCAGGUCCAACUCAUUCCAGAGGCCCUUAAAGGUGAUGGCACUCCAGAAAGUGGGCCAUCUUGCAUCACCGAGGCAGACUCUACUUUAGAAUCAGAGACUGAGGAGGAGGAGGAUGAUGAUGAUGAUGAUGAAGAUGAUUGCAUUAACUCUUCUGCUUCAACAUCCCUUAGCAGCUUUUCUUCCCCAGAGAUCUUUAGAAAAGAAGUGAGUGUGGACACAAUGACUUUUCCCAGUGAGGAUGACUUGCUGGGUCUUCAUCUUCAUGUGAAAAAUUCCACCCUGUUAGAAGACAGCCGUGCGGAAAACAUUAACACGCAUCAUCCACCCAACCUUUCUACCAUCAUAGAUCUUUCUUCCAUUGUUGAAAAGAAGUCUGAGAUCAGCUGCCACAAAAAUCCUGAAGAUGAAAGUAAAACGAACAGAAGCUCAUGUAAAUCAGAUGAGAAGAAAACUCUAAACAUAACAAAACUUUCAGAGAGAGAGCCCAUUCUCCCUAGAAAGAAGGUUUGGUUCAAAAGCCCCAUCACAUCUGAGAUUCAAAUAGACAAAGACAUCACACGAAGCAGCAAAAACUUCAGCAAUUCCAGAACAGGAAUCAGCAGCGCUGAAGAUGAAACAUUACCCUUUUGUGGGACUCUAAACAGGCCACAGAAAGCAAGGUUCUUUCACUUUGUGGAUAAGAGCGAAGAGGAAGCCUAUUUUCAAAAGAUGAGGGAAAGAUGCGAGAAACUAAGAAAUGCUGUUUUCUUUCCUUUAAUAUUAGAGAAGGAAAACCUGUAGAGUUAACCUGCAGUUAAUUCAGACUUGUAUGGGGGGGAAGUGUAUGACAGUAAUAGACUGAGGAGUGGAUGGAUGGAAAUAUUUAAAGGGAAUAGAUGUUGGAAAUAGGUGUUUUAUUUUAUGUUUCUGGUAAAUAUUGAUGUAAUUAAUUAUAAUAAAGUUUGUCUAAGUAAGUCUAAUUAAAAUGUAUAUUCAUAAGAAAGGCCACUAGAUGGCACACUUGUUAAUAAUAACCCUUUGAGAAAAUGCACGCAACUUAAACGUUUUGUGGGAAAACAAUAUAUAUGUAUAAUGUGUGUGCUUGUACUUGUUAUAUUUAUGCUUAAAUGUAUUGGAAUUUAUGCUUUGUGUUGCUUAUUCUUCUAUAGGUUAU